AUGAAUCACACCACUAAAAUUAAGAAAUUGCCUGUUACAGUACUUUGCGGUUUUUUAGGAUCAGGAAAGACAACUUUAAUGAAUUAUAUUCUUAAAUAGCGCCAUGAUUAUAGAAUAGCUGUAAUCGUAAAUGACAUGGGAGAGAUCAAUGUCGAUUCGAAUUUAAUAAAGGAAGGAAAGUUUAGUGUGAAAAAAACAAAAGAAAAACUUGUUGAAAUGUCAAAUGGAUGUAUAUGUUGUACAUUGAGGUAUAUAUAAUAUAUAUUGUAUUAGGGAAGAUUUAAUCAAACAUAUAUCGAAGAUAGCCAAGUCUGGGAAGUUUGAUUAUAUGUUGAUUGAGAGUACAGGAAUAGCUGAGCCUUUACCAAUAGCCUAAGCAUUUUAUUUUGAAAAUGAAGAGAUGAGAAAGAAGGGAUAGAUGUUGAAGAAGUUUGCUAGACUUGAUACAAUGGUUACUAUGGUAUCUUUUAUUAUUUAUUAUUUAGAUUGAUGCUUUGAAUUUCUUAGAUUAAUUGUAAUCUGAUAAAUUAGGUGAAGAAAUGAAUGUAGAUAACAAAUAGAUGGAUUAAAUUCCAUUAUCAUAAUUGUUAUUGGAUCAAGUGGAAUUUGCUAAUGUUAUAAUAUUAAAUAAAACAGAUCUUGUGAAUUAAGAAAGAAAAGAAUUUAUAUUAAAUCUACUUAAAAAAUUGAAUCCUAAUGCUAAGGUUAUUGAAUCUGUUUAAGGAUAAAUAGAUUUAAAAGAAAUCAUAAAUACUAAAUUAUUCAACUUUGAAGAAGCCUCUACAACUGGUAAGUGGAUUGCUGAACUCUAAAAGCCAAUUCAUAAAAGUGAAAUUGAAGAAUAUGGAAUCUAAUCAUGUGCUUUCAAAUCAAGAAGAGCCUUCCAUCCUGAAAGAUUAUUUUAACUUAUAGAAAGAAAUAAUACAGAAGAAGUCUCAUUUUGGAAUACAAUAAUAAGAUGUAAAGGAUAUAUGUGGGUUGCAAGUUGGGAAAGAUUAAACAUUCAUAUACAUAAGGCUGGAACCUAAUUAACAUAUCAUCCUGGUUCAUUUUGGUGGAUAUCUAUACCUAAAAAGGUUUGGGCUGAUACUAAAGAAGAAGUUGAUGUAAAUUAUAUUAUUAUAUUAAUAGGCUAUUUGGGAUGGACUUAAAUAGAAUUGGUUACCUGAACCUAUUGGUGAUAGAAGAUAAGAACUUGUUUUUAUUGGAUAAAAUUUACCAAAAUAAGAAAUUUUAGAUGCAUUUGAAAGUUGUUUAUUAAGUGAAUAAGAAAUGAUUUCAUUUUUAUAAAAUGGAUGGGAUAAUACAAAUGAUCCAUUUCCAAAAGAUUGGGGAAAAUUAGUAAAAGAAUUUGAAGAUCUUGGAGAAUUAAGAGGUAAUGAAGGAGAAUGGGAAGAUGUAUGGGAUGAAGAAGGAGAAAUGUAAGAAGAACAUUUAGAAGAUGUAUCUAUGUAAGAGGAAGUUUAAUAAUAAUAAUUGAUAAAUUGA